AUGGCCGGCGCAAAUUACAUGGGUGGAAAGAGGAAUGCAGCAAGAGCUCGGGUCAAGGACACAGCGGGGAGAGCGCAGAAAAGUUAUUUUGGCAAACAGAGGCUCGGAAUGCUAGCAAAAUGUCUAAACAAGUCGCAUAGUCAGACAUUAAGUGGCACUAGAGCGCGAGACAGAAGCGGUCUAUCUGAUAUUUCUCUGGCUCACGCUCAGCAACAUUCUACGCGGAUGCAAGCUCCUCCAGAAGCUGAACCUCUCUCGGAUUCGAGCGGCAGUGCGCGAAAUUGCUCGGGAAAAACUCGACGUUCCAAGAUUUUGAGCUUCUUAGAUACGUCCGAGCCCAUCUUUAUACGAGCUGAAAUGGAGCGGAUCCGUAAACUUCCAAACCUCGCGGGGUUGACACGUCAACCAGAGUCAUCAACGGCUUUCAGGGAGGCAUCUCUUCCAGCAGAAAUGUCUUUUUCUCCAGCUGAGCCAGCGCGGAAGAGGUGCAGGAUAUCCCAGAGUCCUACGUUACACUCACGCAUCGGCUCUCUUGAAUCCUCGUCGAUGGCGUCCAAUUUUCGGCAAUGGAAUAAGUACCAACCUUCCGCCCUUCAAGAGCUUCACGUCCGGCAGCCAUCCACUGAUGCAGCAGAGAGAGGCAAGUGUAUUCCAAAUCAUCGCAUCGGAUCAACCAUUAUAUUUCUCAUUGUCAAUGUAGGUGCGCAUUUAUCGUCUCUUAUCCGUGGCUCGCACUAUCGAGAGCCUCAAUUUAUCAAUCAAAUCAACUUGAAUGACUUAGCGCACUUCGAGUCCGAUUUCGAGCCAAUACCCCUCGACAGCAGCCCCGCCAAUAGGUGUAUGGGCUCUGAUUUCGCAGAGAGUGGCGAAUCAGGCAGCUACUCUGACGGUGAUUCUUUGUCUGUCUACCAACCUGAAAGGUACAAAUCUUCAGUCGGACAGUCGCUCUCCCCUGAAGGACGGGGAGAUUUCUUUCCUCACUUGGGCUUUCCAAUUGUCCGGGAAGAUAGUUCUGUUGUCAGAACACGACUAUCUGACUGCAUAUCAUCUGAUUCUUUGUCACCUCAUCCCAGGCCAUGGCUCAAUUCUAAUCCAACUCACUGGGGGCCAUCUACACAUCCUUUCUCGCAAAGGACGUCACCCAAAGUUUCGGACAGGGAGUGUCAUUUCCCGAACUCGACUCAUCGCGGACCAAUGAUUCGCGAGGCAGAGGGCAGCCAAACACACACCCCAACUCCGAGCUAUAGGCUUCCUGGUUCCUCGGAUUCCGACUGCAUAUGUCAGGAAAAUGAUUCUCGUGGACUUGAACAAUAUCUUGGGCCGCAUCAAUUUUCGCAGGAACAGAAUUUCGAUAUUCUCCUGACUAAAUCUUCAACGGGAAUGAUGUCGACGAAAUCGCAAAAUCUGGUCGAUGCUUUAGGCGGCAAACUAUUUGAGAAUUGUGACCCUUGGCGCGUUCUGGAUGAUAUUCUUGACUUGCACGGUUCCCUUAACGCUACUUCUCGUGUCGGCGUUCCUUUCUACCCGAAGUCCGCAGACAGGCGAAACUGCAGCUUUGCCUCCGACAAUAGUAGACGAGGCGUAGGCUAUAAAACCCCUCCGACAGCGUGUACUCAUGACCAGCCACACCUCCCGGUAAAUCCUAAGGUCGAUAAUUCGGAGCUUCAUAGCUACUCUGACCCCGACGUCCCCCCUGGCUCGUGCGAAGAGGAUAAGUCCUUGCGCCCUUCUAUCUCUGUCGGCAGAAAUAUGGUAGACCUUGGCAGUGGGAAUCAUCUCGAAGAGAUUUCCUCUACACAAUCCACAAUGGAGGCAUCACACACACACAAAGGUAGCCAAGUUGCACAAAUAGAAACGUUGGGCAACAGGUGUAACAUUGAUGAAAGCAUACCGCCUAAGGAUGCGUCAGAUUACGCCUCGAUUCGCCAAGGGUCCUUUCAAGUGGGGGAAACAUAUGGCUUUGCUAUUGAUGCGAAGGUAUCAGCCACUCUCAAUGAACAUCAUUCUGAGAACAUAGACGAAGGCCUUGAUAUCCCGCAUAUUGACUCUGAUUUCGACGUUGCCCAGGAAGUUUUCGAUGGUCCAUGUCUCUUUAGAAGCGACGAUGAGAACUCUGACGACUAG